AUGGCAAACUUCAUACAGAGGUUCCUACUGAAAGAGACGGCGAGCGGCGAUGCGCCUUUGUAUAACCGGCUGAACGAUGACGAGAAUGGAAACGGGAACUUGGUCAGCAAGGAGGAUAUCGAUCGGCCUUCUACUAAUAAGUCGGUGGCGACAAUGCUGAGCUUCUUCAUCUUGGGAUUCCUCGUGGCAAUGACCAUCAGCGCCAUCAUCGCUUUCCUCGUCCCUGUUGGUUUGCACGACGGUCUACAUUGCGCGGAAUCCCCGUAG